CUCACACAGCGGACGCGAACUCACGUCGGGACCACAUUACGGGGCAAAAAAAAAAAAAAAAAGACUCGCAUCAACUAUUACAGCCAUAUGUUUCAAGACGGAUUAUCUUGAUUUAAUGUUAGUGUGUUCUUCAUUUGAUGGGCGAAGAGGCUUCGCACUGCAACCUAAUUGAUUAUUUCGGCUUCCUGACCGGCAGAAAAUAUGUUAACAGACAUUUUCACUUUGUGUCUGAUAUCAUUCAGCACCUUGCACGCGGGGUCUUCUUUGGAACUGCACCUCGGCAUGCCCAAUGUUUGUGCCGACCAGGAGAUGUCUCUUUUGAGGAGCCCUCAGCCUUGUGUUCAGGCUUUUACACGCAUGGUGAAGGUGUGGAGGCAGGGCUGCACAGGCCACAAAUGGUGUAUAGGUCACGAGAGGAGGACAACGUACUACACGGCGUACAGACAAGUGUACAGGACGGAUAUGCACACAGUUUUGAAGUGCUGCCCUGGUUGGACUCAAAGGGAUGGCGAAGCUGGCUGUCUCCAUAGGGUAUGCAGUGCCAAUAUGUGUUUUAAUGGAGGUCGAUGUGCAGAGAGUGGCGAUCACAUAUGUCAUUGUCCAAAAGGCUUCAAAGGGCCGAGAUGCCAAUAUGAUAUAAAUGAAUGUGAGGUGGACAAAGGAGGCUGUGAAGAAUACUGUUGCAAUACCUUUGGCAGCUACUACUGCAAGUGUCCUCAGGGCAGUGAGCUGGGGCCAGAUGGCAAAUCUUGUCAUGAUGUCAAUGAAUGUGCGGAGCUCAAUGGAGGAUGCCAGCAGAUGUGCGUCAACACACCAGGCUCCUACCAUUGUGAGUGUGGGAAAGGAUUCCGCAUGCAUACUGAUGGUCGGACUUGUAUUGCGGUAAACUCUUGCUUGGUGUUGAAUGGUGGUUGUGAGCACCAGUGUCUAGACAUGGGGAACAAUCACUACAAAUGUGAGUGUCGAAAGAACUACAAGCUCAAGACAGAUGGGAGACACUGUGAACUGAGGGACCCCUGUGAGGAGAGGAAUGGAGGCUGCACACAGCUGUGUGAGUCUGUGGAUGGCCGUGUCCACUGCAGCUGCCGACCUGGUUUUACUCUGGCUGAAGGUGGCAAGAGCUGUGAAGACAUUGACGAGUGCAAUUCAGGCCAUGACAAGUGCUCUCAUGGAUGCGUCAACACGCUGGGCUCCUUUCGUUGUGUGUGUCAUCCGGGCUUUGACCUCGGUGCAGAUGGAAAACGGUGCUACCGCAUUGAGAUGGAGAUUGUUAACAGCUGUGAGAAGAAUAAUGGCGGCUGCUCUCAUCAGUGUGAGCACACAACCAACGGGCCCCUUUGCUCCUGCCAUCAUGGCUACCAGCUAGACCAGGACAGGAAGACCUGUGUAGACAGUGAUGAGUGUGUCAAUGGGGAAUCCUGCUGCAGUCACUUCUGCAGAAACUAUCCAGGCGGGUACGAAUGCAGCUGUAGAGCCGGCCACACACAAAACCCAGAUGGCUGCAGCUGCGACGACAUCAAUGAGUGUCUGGCAGAGACUUCAGACUGCGACCAUGACUGUGUCAACACCCUGGGAACAUAUGAGUGUUUUUGCCGAAAUGGUUUCCGUUUGGAUCAAGAUCAGCACACCUGCAUCUCUUUGUAUGGUAGAGAGUUGGAGGAAGAUGACGAGGAGGAAGAUGAAGAAGAUGAAGAGCAGCUGGAAGUCUACAAGUUCCCACAGCUGUUCUUCCGCAACGUUCCCCAGCUCCUCCAUUACACAGCAGCUUUGCAUUCGCGCUAUGGCAGUGAUGAUGAUGAUGAUGAUGAUGCUGGGGACUUUGAUGAAGAGUUUGAGAGCCUCAAAAAACAUCAUGGAGAAUUUAGAUUGGAUAACCAAAUUGUGUGUCUGGAUAACUCUUUUGGGGAAGACUGCAGUUGGCGAUGUGAAGACUGUGUAAAUGGAAACUGUGGUGAAAAUAAAGACCGCUGUGAAUGUUCACCUGGAUGGGCUGGCGUUAUCUGCAAUGAGACUUGUCCUCAGGGCACUUACGGGCCGACUUGUAACAGUCUGUGCCGAUGUAAGAAUGGAGGCACAUGUGACCCUGUGACUGGGAGGUGUUUGUGCCCCCCGGGGGUACAAGGUCUACUCUGCGAGACUGGUUGUCCAAGGGGCUAUUUCGGAACUCACUGCAUGAGAAAGUGCAACUGUCCCAACAAUGGACAUUGCCAUCGGCUAUAUGGAGCUUGCCUGUGUUCCCCAGGGUUGUAUGGUCGACACUGCCAUCUGCCUUGUCCCAGGUGGACGCACGGCGCUGGCUGCUCGAAGGAAUGUGACUGUGUUCGAGAACAUUCCACUGGCUGUGACCCUAAGAUGGGGAGCUGUAUCUGUAAGCCUGCAUACCACGGCUCACGAUGUGAGGAAGAAUGUGAGUCGGGCUUCUUUGGUGCGGGCUGUGAGCAGCUAUGUGACUGCCCAGCUGGAGGGUCAUGUGACCCCAGGACUGGAGAGUGCAGCCAGCAAUGUCCUGCGGGCCUUCACGGGGAGAGAUGUCAGCUGGCAUCUGCAGGGGGUCCAGGAUGCAUCAAUCAAUGCCAGUGCCAAAACACCUCUCUGGGCUGUGAGCCUCUCGCUGGCGACUGUAAAUGUGAGCGCGGCUAUACUGGACACAAAUGUGAAGAAAUGUGCCCGGACGGCUUUUACGGUCUCGACUGUGGCCAGAUGUGUGAGUGCCAGAAUGGUGCCCGAUGCCACCACAUCACAGGAGCCUGCCAAUGCACCGCUGGCUGGGCAGGACCUCACUGCAUUCUGGCUUGUUCCAGCGGAUUGUUUGGUGAGGGCUGCGAGCAGAAGUGUGACUGUGUCCAUAGCUCGAGUUGCCACCAUGUGACGGGCCACUGCCAAUGUGAGCCCGGUUGGAGAGGAGCCAAGUGUGACAAACCUUGUCCAGCUGGCACGUUUGGGAACAACUGUAGUCAGCUCUGUCAGUGUUCAGGAGACCAUGUGCAGUGCCAUCCAGUUACGGGGAACUGUAGUUGUUUACCUGGUUACUAUGGGACAAGCUGUGCGUUACGAUGUCGCCCAGGCUCCUAUGGACCAAAUUGCAAGUCUCGAUGCAGUUGUCUCAAUGGUGGUCGCUGCGAUUUCAGGACGGGGACUUGCCACUGUCCUCCAGGUUUCAUUGGAGCGGACUGCAGCUCACACUGCCCGAGUGGAUACUAUGGCAAAGACUGUGCUAAGGUGUGUUCUUGUGGGGAAGGCGGUCAGUGCCACCCAACAAAUGGAAGAUGUAUUUGUGCAAUUGGGACAAUGGGGCAAUCCUGUCAAGUCUGUCCCAGGGGGCGUUAUGGCCUGCAGUGCCGAUACACACGCAGAUGUCAAAAUGGUGGUCAGUGUGAUCCUAUAGAUGGUAAAUGCACAUGUGGCCUUGGCUGGACCGGACCGGACUGUGAUACAGCCUGUUCACAGGGAAAAUACGGUGUUAAUUGUUCCCAAGACUGUCCUUGCCUCAAUGGUGGGACAUGUGACCGCUUUAUUGGCAGCUGCAACUGUACAGCUGGGUACUACGGCCACUCCUGUCAACAUAGAUGCCCUCUUGGAUAUUUUGGUGUGAAUUGUGGCCUUACUUGCGACUGUAAGUCUGGGCAGACCUGCGAUCACGAGACGGGACAAUGUGCGUGCCUACCAGGCUACGAUGGGCCUCAGUGCCAAAGCCGAUGUGAAGCCGGCAAGUUUGGCUCUAAGUGUGAAAGAUCAUGUGACUGUUCAGGUGGCUCAUGUGACCCAUCCACUGGACGUUGCCUCUGUUCUCCCGGAAGGACGGGACAGAGGUGUGAAAAAGAGUGCAGUGGGGACCAAUUCGGACCAGACUGCUCUCUGUCUUGCCAGUGUUCUCACGAGGCCCGCUGUGACGGGGUGACUGGACGCUGCCGUUGCCCACUCACCUGGCUGGGCCCCACCUGUGGUGAAGCGUUGCUUCACCGAACACAAGGACAGCCGAACCUUUCCGUGUCCCGGAGAAAGAGAAGCGCGGCCAGUCAAAGUGUAUAAACGCCAGCAUUACAACACAAGAGCCUGGAGCUCAAGACGAUCCACUGAUAAACUUGACCCGUGAGCCGGCCUCAGAGAACCGCAAAUUGUAACCUUUAAAAGGACUCUGUUUAUCUUGAUACGCUGUUAUAAAGGGGAAUCGCUUACUGUGUGCACAAUCGAAGUAUAAAGUCAUUGAAUGAAUACAUUUUGAAACCCGUUGAUUGACUGACCAUCUGCCCAGGGCGGAGCCCUCCUUUCGCCCAAUCAGCUGCGAUCGGCUCCCCGCAACUGUGUGCAUGAUGUAUUUAUUUCAGCACAUUUGCCACGGAGUCAGAAUGGAGCUCAGAGCCGUAGCAGACAUGUACACAUUUGACAAACACAAGUUAAUUGCCAAGUUUUGUCUUAUUGCAUAUCCAUUUAGUAAUCUGUUGUGGUAUAAAAUUGCACCGCAUCAUGCUGAGGUGUUUCUAGUAUUUUGGUUUCAUUAUUUAAGUACACGAGAGUAAUACACAAUACAUGUACUGUAUAUAUGAAGGGGCAAAUGUGUAUACUGUAUUACAAUUUGCAUAUAUGCAUCUAUUUGGCGGACUUAUUUUUCUGUGUUAUACUGUUGUAUUAUAUGUUUGUUUUAAAAAUAUUAUAGCCAGUAUCUGAUUGCCUUAGAUUAGGGGAUUAUCUUUGCCCUCACUUAAGAAAACACUACCUUUUACAUCUGUUGUCAUAUUUAGGAUACCUUUAUUCAUUUGUUGUCAUUGUUUUGAAUUUCUAAAUUGAACUGUUGGCGUUCUGAACACACAGAGGCUUCCUCGUUGUAGUAACUGUGUGGUAGAUGCAAAACGUGCAUGCGUCGCCCUUCUAGCUCAUGUGCUAAUUGAGUAAGCAGAUUUUCCAGAGUUUAUUGUAAAUUAUAGAAUUGACUGGUGUAAAUAUUUGUUUAGAACCGCCUGCAGCAAAAAUAUUUGAACAAGAAAAUGCAUUUGUGUAUCAUUGGUGACUUGUACCAGAGUGUUCUGUUUUCUUUCCCUGCUGGCACUUGGUGGUGCUACAUUGUCUUUGUACAAAAUGUAUUCAUUAGACUUGAGUGUGUCUUCCAGUUGCAAUUUAUGUCCUGAGUGGUAUGUCUCAUCGACAGUGACAUGUCGUUCCACGGACCAAAUAAUAAAAAUAAUGUUUUGAAGUAUC